CCUCAACGUCUCAGACUGUGAUCUCACCAUGUUCAUCUACUCUGACUUUGCAGCGCUGGUGCUUGUGCUUACUUUUCAUAGUCAAGCUCAUGCAGGUAAAAUCAUUGGUGGCCAUGAGGCUGCAGCUCACAGCAGGCCGUACAUGGCGCUUUUGACUUGCCACAGUGCCAAUGGUAACACAAACCACUGUGGUGGGUUCCUGCUGAGUGAAUAUUUUGUGAUGACUGCGGCCCACUGCAAAGCCAAGACUUAUGAAGUUUGUCUUGGGGUGCACAAUUUCGCCAGCCAAAAUAAGUUAUGUUUGCCUGUGGAGAAAAGUUUUCCACAUGAGAAAUACGAGAACAUAACUUACACAAAUGACAUCAUGCUUCUGAAGUUGUCUACCAAAGCUGUUUUCGACAAUAAUGUGCAGCCUAUUGUCCUGGCAGACGUGUGUGACGACACACUUCCCAAAAAAUGUCUGGUUUCUGGUUGGGGUAAAACAAGCAAGGACAGUGUGUGGCUGUCUUCUAAACUCGGAGAAGUCAACGUGACGCUCACUGAUGACGAUCUCUGUGCUGACAAAAAUGCGUACUGCUCUAAAGGGGAGAAGGGACCGAGUGAGGGAGACUCUGGUGGUCCGUUAGUCUGUGAAGAUGGAAAAGCCUUUGGAGUGAUCUCAGCAAAUGACCCUGUUCUUAAACGGGCCAAGUACACCAAGAUACGUAACUACAGAGAAUGGAUUGAUGAUAUUAUGAAACAUAACUGAUUAAAUACUGUUUAAUCAGUUAUUUUUCAACAACAUAAGACUGAAUUCAAAUGAAUGACAGUUUUGUGUAGCUUCUUGCUAAUUGGAAUCAGAAGAUAGUUUUUUUAUUUUUCAUUUUGCUUGUAUUCCUUAAUAAAAUAAAGCUUUCUGCUUUUUUUUCUACAGCAAACUAUUAAAUAGCCAAGCAAUAUGAUGCCCUUUGACCUGCUGUAAAAAACAUUUCCUUCCUUUCCAUAUUGUAACUCUUACUAUCAUUUAGUUUCAUAAAAAUAACUCGGUGCUCUGAUGGGUUUCCUUACAUAGAAAAUGUUUAAUCUAUUUUUAAUAGUUAAUUGUUCAUACUGUACUGUUUGAUAAGUAGGAUCAAUUGGAAUGUUUACGUGACUGAAUAUAUAUAUUUUUGUAAAGUGCCUUGAGAUGACAUUUGUUGUGAAUUGGUACUCUAUAAAUAAAAUGAAUUUAAUUAAAUUCAUGUAUGUUGAAACUAGGUAA